AUGUCGUUCUAUAUAGAUAUGAUGUCGUUGUUGCGAUCCAUAAAAUUUAUGCGGCGCGAUGGAAGAAGGAUGUAUGGAGCUUUUCACGACACUUUAGACCAAUUAACUGGUAUUGAAAAACGAGAAUUAUUGGCACAUCUUGCUGGAGAUUGUGACCCAUUCCGCAUGAUGAGUAUCAAAAAAGGUCUAGGUACUUGGGAAUGCCCUAACCUCAUACCAAGUGCAUUCUGCAAGCGGCUUGUGGGUUGCGUUUGUUACCCGGAGACAAACCAUAUUGAAUAUAUGUGGUUACAUCAAGGCGUGCCAAAGCGCUGUGGUUGCGGUUAUUGGUUCGUGUUGUGUCCGAUUGCACCACUAUGA